CCCACGCAGACCAAGGGAGGUCCUGGUGGCGGGGUGCGGGGGCCGGCCUGGUCUCCAGGCGCUCACAACAUGGAGGGAGCCAUCCCACUCCUGGCCUGCUUGCUGUGCGUCCUCCUGAUGGGAUCAUUUGUGAGAACUAAGAGAAAUACUACAGAGACCUUGCUCUUCACGGAGUUACACAGUGCGUCGGAGCAGCGCUGGUCCAUGCAGGUGCCGGCCGAGGUGAGCGCAGCGGUGGGCGAGGCGGCCGUGCUGCCCUGCACCUUCACGCACCCGCACCGCCACUACGACGGGCCGCUCACGGCCAUCUGGCGCGCGCGCGAGCCCUACGCGGGGCCGCAGGUGUUCCGCUGCGCGGCGGCGCGGGGCAGCGAGCUCUGCCAGACGGCGCUGAGCCUGCACGGCCGCUUCCGGCUGCUGGGCAACCCGCGCCACAACGACCUCUCGCUGCGCGUGGAGCGCCUCGCCCUGGCCGACGACGGCCGCUACUUCUGCCGCGUUGAGUUCGCCGGCGGGGACGUCCACGACCGCUACGAGAGCCGCCAGGGCGUCCGGCUCCGCCUGUCGGCCACCCCACGGAUACUCAACAUCUCCGUGCUCCCUGGCCCAGCACACACCUACCGCGCACUCUGCACCGCCGAGGGGGAGCCGCCGCCUGCCCUUGUUUGGUCUGGCCCUGCCCUGGGCAAUGGCUCGGCCACUGGGCCAGGCCUGAGUCAGGGUCGUGGCUACCAGGUGACCGCGGAGCUGCCCGCACUGGCCCAGGACGGUCGCUACACCUGCACAGCCAACAGCCUGGGCCGAGCAGAAGCCAGCGUCUACCUGUUCCGCUUCCAUGGUGCCUCUGGGGCCUCAGCGGUCGCUCUCCUGUUCGGUGCCCUCUGCUUCAAGGCGCUGCUGCUGCUUGGUGUCCUGAUAGCCCGUACAGCCGCUGCCCGCUGCGGCCUAGAGCACCCAGUCACCCAGGUCAGCCCACCACGGCCCCAGGUUCAAGAGUCCAACUAUGAAAAUUUGAGCCAGAUGAGCUCCCAGGGUUCCCGGGCAGCUGUGUGUUCACCGUGAGGAACCCCUUGGCCAAGGCGAGGCAAGGCUGAGAUGGCCCUUCCUGGCUCCCAGACACCUUGGCAGCUGGGCAACCCCCAGAGGGGUUCAGGACCUCACCCCCAGAGGCUCAGUGGAGCCCUGUCUCAAGGCCCUCAUGAUGUUUAUGUCUUGGGGACCAGCAUUUUGAAAGUGUAUAAUGUGUGUGCACAUGUGAGCUUCAUCGUAAACUUCCAGAAAAUUCCCUCUAACCUGUUCUUACCUAGAAUGCUACAGAAAAGCAAGCGGUGCACUGGUCAGAAAUCCAGAGGCCGAGGCUCUGUCUGGGCUUGGGCACCAACCUGCUGGGUGGCCGAGAGCACUGUUGCCUCCCUGGGGCUCAGCUCCCCCAUGGCUGAACCCGGCUGGUGGUGUUCUUCCCUCCCGGUUGGCUUCCAAGAUCUCAGGGAUGACGGAUGUGAAGGGACUUUGUGAAGCACGAAGUUGCCUGUAAAUGUGAGGGGCGGUGCAGCCUCCUCCUUGCAGAGCAGGGUCAGGAAGUGCAAAGUUGUCAUACAGUGUGGCACCCACACCAGCCUCGCGAGAGCAGGGGCUCCAGAGAAUGAGCCCGGGGCUAGGGCCGAACAAACCUGUGCUCCAGAACAUCAAAUCCUAGAAACUAAGUGGCAAGGAGAGGCCUGAAGCCCUUGCCCCUGCGUCUCCUCUCUGUGUCCCACAUUCUGCCCACCUUCACCCUCCCUGCCCCGCUCAGGGUGCUCUGCACAGCCCCGGGCUGGGACCCCCUGGGUAAGGCAAGGACAAGUGGGCAAUGGCUUCCUUGGUUGACUUGGGAUCCAUCCAGGAUUGUGUGUUAAAAGGUCAGAGAGGUACCUACUUGUGUGAGGGUGCUUGGGGGCCCCUCCAUGGGAGUCCUGUGUCACCAGGAAAGAAGUGCAGGACACAGGGGGGCGGGCGGUGUGAAACAUCUGCCUGGUCUUUGGACCAGUUUCACAGCCAAGAAAAAAAGUAAUUGGAAUUAUUUACUACCUGUCUAUUUUAUGCAGGAACCGCAGCAGGUGUUGGGGAUGGAUACGUGCAUGACAUGAAUAGGCGCAUGUAUCAGUCAGGCUGGGCUAAGUGGUUCUAUGGGAACAAACUCCAAUAUCAUGGUGGCUAAAAACAUUAAGGGUUUAUUCUCUCCAAAGCUACAUGCCCAUUACAGAUUGGUGGGGCCUUGCUCACCACCCUUACUGAGGGCCCCAGACUCUCAGGGAUCCACCACACCUAAUAUUGUAGAUUGCUCGGUUGGAAAUCAAAAGAAAGCCCCAGAGUGGCCCCAACUUGUGAUCACAGUUCAUUGGCCACACUAGCCAUGCGCCCCACUCACCUGCAAUGGGCCGGGCAGUGCAGCUUGACACAGUACUUGGGAGGAGGAAAGCCAGGAUCAUCCGUGAAUGGCCCUGGUGACUCCACAGUGACUCGGGAGUUCUCAGGCUAGUGAGUGACACAGAGCAGUAAGUAGUAAAUCAUGCAAGGACAACAGCGGUGUAGAAGCAUCCUGGGGUGCUGUGGGAGCGCGUGAAAAGGGUAUUGGGCCCAGUCUUGAAAAGGCUUUCUGGGAGAGGGGGAGUGGAGUUGGUACACAUUGGCCAUGCCUGUGGGGGAGCCUCUCUGGGGAGCAAGGAGGGUGCCAGGUAAGAAAGAAGGGCAUUCUAAGCUGAAGGGGCAGUCUCAGCAGAGACAAGUAGAUCUGACCCAGCUUGGUGUUUGAAUAGUUGGAAGUUGCCAGAGCUGAGGCUGCUGCAAAAGACACCAGCAGGCAGUGGAGUGCUGCCCUGCAGGGACAGAGCACAGAAGGGAGUUGGGUGCCGGCUGGGGUAGCUGGUUCCCUGUACUUUCACCUUCUGACCACCACACCUUGCCUUGGAGCUGGGACUUCCUCACUGAGUUAUGGGGUAACCAGCAUCAGGACACCUGGAGAGUUUGCUCAAAAGCCUCUUCCUCCUAUUGUAUGAACUAAAGGGAGGAAACGUGAUCCUCCAAAACAGUGGGCACAGUGGGAUUCCCUGGGCUUUUCAGGGCUUGGCCCCAGAGCUUCCUCCUCCACAGUCUGUCCCUAAGUCCUAUCUGCCAGUGACCUCAAAGGGUCACCAACUCUGAAGAUUGCCCAGGAAAGCCCUAAUGGGGACACUCACCUUCACAUUCUGGCAGAGGUUGCUGCUGUGACCUCUGAUGGGAAGGGGAAGAGGAAGGGAAAGUGUGGAAGGGGGUGAGGCCUUAAGAAAGAUCAAGGAGAAGUUGGCCAGGAGCAGGUAAACCCAGGAAAGCUAAGAGUUUCCAGGGUAAAUCUGGUCUAAGCCACAAACAUAGACUAUGUUAAAAUAGUGUCCAGACCACAUGACUUCAGCAUGACCAGGAAUAAGAGUCUGUUUCCUAAAAGGUUUAGGCAGGUAAGGAAAGACCAAGUGGGAAGGAGGGCUGUCCCCAGGAGUGUGUUUUUAGAGUCGUGGUUCUUUUAUCCUCAGAUGAAGCUCAGAGUUGCCCCUUGUAACACAGGCCACUUUCUAAGCCAUUUCUUUGGGAGUGUCCCAGCAAGGAAGCAAGACAAGCCUCUGUGCCACAUUUCAACCCAUAAGUACUGUGGUUCUAUGUGGAAAAGGAAGCCAAACCCAAACAAGAGUGGGAAAGAGGAUACAUCCCACACCAAGAGGGUUGUUUGGGGGGACCCCAAGUUGAUGCCAAUCUCCAAUCAAAUAUGUAGACCCUCCCACCAUACUUUGCCCAUUCACUAUUAAUAAAUAUGAACACCAAGGAACAACUCCCUGGCCUCCCAACACAGAAAGGGUUUUCAGAGCAGCCCAUGACCAAGGAUGGGGCUUAAGUACCUGGCCGGCGCCCCCUACUCAGCAGUGGGGGUCUUUGUGAGCUUCAUGUCCUUCCUCCCACCAAGACUCUGGAGCUCUAGUGAGCUGUCUGGGAUCACCAGGUCUUGGAUGUCUGUGUCUUAAAACUCCAAAAUUUUCAAUUCUCAAAGUAAAAUGUCACAGAACAUAGAUUCUACCUGUUACAAACUUCCUAAUGGCACAUUUUUCUUAGUGAGAUUUCUGGAUGAAAAGACCUGCCAACCAACUACCCAAAAAUGACAUGUCUGCUAUGUGUACAUUAAAAGUGAAUCUAGUUUAUUUGCAGAAGUUUACUUAACCAAUUCCCAUUUCUCUGUUUCUCAUCAUUAUAUAAAAAGUCACCCUUUAUACAAACAUGUAAAAUGCUGAACAAUGUGUAGGAAAUGAAUAUCCCACAUGUAAUGACAUGCAGGAAGGAAAGGAGUUGAACACACUUGAGGUAUUUGUCACUAUGUAAGUGAUUUUAAGUCUUUGAAGGAAAAAUAAACUAACUCAGUGCUCGA